CUCUCUGCUCUGUUUUGUUUUUAUACCUUAUGUUUCCAAAAAGAUUUAUUUCUUUUGCUGUAUAAAGAAAAACAAAAACUGAUUCUUUUCUUUAAUCUAUUUUUAUACCCUCCUUUUCCUAUGGAUGCAUCCUCUAGCUUUUUACUUCCAUUCCUUUUCGAGUAGUUUUUGUUAGCUGUUUUACACAUUGAGCAUCCCAUAGUGAAUGAUUCAGAUUCUCCUCUUUCUUUUAUCCCAGAAAAUCCCUUUAAUUUGGUGUAUAUAUACACAUUGCCUUCUCAUAUAUUUAUCAUCACUUCUUGUUUGUAUUUUAAAACUUGAAGGCUCAAAAGAAAAUUAAAAAAUCUGUUGAGUGUUUGGAUACUGUUGAACAACAAUGAGUUAUUCUCAUCAAAGCAUGGGUUCUGGUAGUAGAAAUGCAAGGGGGUAUGAAUUUGGAAGGACUUAUGUGGUGAGGCCUAAAGGAAAGCAUCAAGCCACUCUAGUAUGGCUUCAUGGUCUUGGUGACAAUGGCUCUAGCUCAUCUCAGCUCAUGGAAAGCUUGCAUCUUCCAAAUAUAAAAUGGAUUUGCCCGACCGCUCCUACACGUCCUGUUUCAAGCCUUGGUGGAUUUACCUGCACUGCAUGGUUUGAUGUUGGGGAAAUUUCUGAAGACAGUCAUGAUGAUAUGGAAGGUUUAGAUGCCUCAGCUUCACAUAUUGCUAACCUUUUGUCCUCUGAACCAGCAGAUGUUAAAGUGGGGAUAGGAGGGUUUAGCAUGGGAGCAGCAAUAUCUCUCUAUUCUGCCACAUGCUAUGCUCUUGGACGCUAUGGAACUGGCCACACUUAUCCUAUAAACCUACGAGCUGUUGUAGGGCUUAGCGGCUGGCUUCCGGGUUGGAAGAGCUUAAGGAGCAAAAUAGAAUGUUCAUAUGAUGCUGCAAGGCGUGCUGCAUCUUUACCAAUCAUUCUUACACAUGGAACUUCCGAUGAUGUGGUUCCUUAUAGGUUUGGAGAGAAAUCUGCGCAGUCCCUUGGCAUAGCUGGAUUUCGACAAGUCGUGUUUAAGGCACACGAAGGACUUGGUCACUACACCAUUCCCAAAGAAAUGGAUGAGGUCGUUCACUGGCUCACAACAAGGCUCGGGCUUGAGGGCUCACGUUAAACUUUACAGGAUGCAAUGCAUCUAGCUAUAUAGGAGAUAUGGUUGGCCUCAAAGAACAAAGAAUAAUUGGUAGCGAAAAGAAAUUGGUGGGGGAAGAGAGAGGGAAAAAAACUAAUGUAAAACUUGAGAUAGUAGAGAAUGUAUAAAUGGUGGGUUUCUUGGGGGUAUAUAUAAUUCAUGGUUCGUUGUUUUGUGAUUUAUUUUGUCUUUUGAAUCUUUUGUCCAUGUUGGAUUCGUGAUCAUGAAUAAAGA